AUGCCGAGCGGAGCCCGUUCUCGAAAGCGUGGUGACCGCAGCAGUGCAUCCGACGAACCAAGCGCUGCAGAGGAGCGGCAACCAAGCUCCAGAAGAGUUGCCACUGCACUGGGAGUUGCAGCUGCCGUGGCAGUGGCUGGCUUGGCAGGCAAGCAGCUCUUGCACGAUUCUACGGAGAGUGGCCACAGCUCCAGCGGCGAUCCCAAGAUUUAUGGCUUCGAUGUGGUCGAGACUUAUCCACAUGAUCCGGAGGCAUUCACUCAGGGUCUUUUGUGGUCGAACGGAUCACUCUACGAGUCGACCGGGCUCUAUGGGCGCUCAUCGAUUCGAGAGUUUCAGCUGGGACCGGGAGGUGAAGUUCGCUUGCUGCGAAAGCUGGAGUUGGAUGGCCGAGACUUUGGAGAAGGGCUCGUCCAGAGGAGGGGUCAGCUGCUCCAGUUGCUGUGGCGACGAGGUGAAGGCAUUCGCUAUCGGGCUCGUGCGGGUGAAGGUGGCCGGCUGAAAAAGGCUGGCAGAUUCCGGACUCCUUUGAAUGACGGCUGGGGGAUCGAAGCAUACGAAAACCAGCUGAUCCUGACUGACAGCGGCCAUGAAUUGAUUACGGUCGACGAGAACUUUGAGGUUGUCAGAAGAGUGCCCGUCAACGAUGCCGGUGCCUUCGUUGAGAUGGUCAACGAGCUCGAGAUGGUAGGUGAAGAGCUCUGGGCUAAUGUGUACGGAACAGAAUGUCUUGCCCGCAUCGACACGGAAUCUGGUUCCGUAACUGGCUGGGUGCUGCUGCAUGGGCUGCUGGAUAAGGAGCGUGCGACUUGGCGCGCUGGCGAUGCUGGGUCCGAUGCACCAGAUGUUCUGAAUGGCAUUGCAUGGGACGCAGCCAGCAAGCGCCUCUUUGUUACUGGCAAGCUGUGGCCACAUUUGUACGAGAUUCAAGUGAAGCCCUCGCAGGUGAGCGUAGAGCAAGCCAGGCUUGCCCUGCUUCGUGCUGCGAGCAUCAAGGGCGGACACAUCAUCCUUUCAAUCUGUGUAGGUUUCACUGGGCAGGGCCAGGACCUCGUGCUCGGUGCCAAAGCACCCAAGAAGCAAAGAACAGUGGCUGAAGAUGCCACCGAGAUCCUGGAAGCUAGUGCUGAUGUGUCCAUGUCGCAGUAUGUUGCACCAUGCAGUGUGUCACAGAUCUACCAACAGGGAUUGGACAUUGCGCCUUCGAAGUUUCAGCACCCUGAGCUGCACUGUUUGCAACGGAGUGGUGUUGGUCUUGAUCAGCUGCUACCUGAGGAGAACAUGCAGACCUAUGAGAAAUGCGCAGACUACAUUCAGACUCACUUCAUGCUUCUCAGAGAGGAUAUCACAAUUACAGACUACAUCGAGCCUCUCCGUGCCGGCAUCAAGCUCUUCAUGCAAGGGCGCCACUCUCCAAAGGAUCUGCAUGUUUACACCGGUGUCAAGGUUGUUGGUGUGUUGAGCACAUGGGAAGGUCUCGUUUACCGCAUCGAGCUCCGCCGUGAAGAGAUUCGCAAAGUCAGCUGGGACAAGUCAAAGCAGCUCAUGUACGGAAGUUUGCUUUGCUUCUCGGACGACGACUUCAAGUCCCUCAUCUGGGCAACGGUUUGGCGUCGAGACCCUGCGCUCAUUUCUUCGAAGGCGCAGCUGGACGUUCGACUGCCUUUCGAUCCUUGGGACGACAGACUCUCACCCGGCAAGGUGUUUUGCUGCAUAGAAAAUGUGACGAUUUACUUCGAGGCGUACAGGCACGUCUUGAUUGCGCUGCAAAACAUGCGGGCCACAGAUGUCCCCUUUCAGCACACGCUGCUGAGCCAGCAGCCAGAUCCAUUGCCCCCAACAUAUCUAAAGGAAGAGACCGACAUGUUCCACUUCCACAACGUCUUCUCCAGUUGCGAGAAGGUGGAUUGCGAAGUCUCCGCUCCGAAGUCCUUCCGUAUUCUGGCAGAGUGGCCACCGGCUCUCCGACAGGCUCUGGAUCUGGACCCAUCGCAGUUGGACGCCGUGCAGCAUGCGUUGACCAACCAGAUGGCCUUAAUUCAGGGUCCCCCUGGCACGGGCAAGACCUUUGUUGGGUUGAAGAUCGUGCAGGCAAUCUUGGACAACACCAAAGUCCUUCGUCAUUCGCCGGUUCUGGUGGUGUGCUACACGAAUCAUGCAUUGGACCAGUUCCUCGAAGGAAUCUUCAAGUUCUGUGAGAACAUUGUACGCAUAGGCUCCCGCUCAAAGAGCGAGCAGAUGAUGCGACGAAACCUCAAGGAACUCGUCAUGAGCGUGCCGCCAUCGAGGGAGUUCAACCAGGCGAGGAAGUGUUUGACAGAGCGUCGGGACUACCUGCGAGACGAGCUGUCGAAGGCGAUUGUGCAGGUCGACAGCCACACGGUCUCUGCUGCUCAAGCCAAGUCGCUAAUGUCCGAGCAGCAGUUCGAGGAAUUCUACCAGGGUUUCUUGGACUAUUUGGGCGAUGCCAAGGAUGACUUUCCAGAGGAUGCUUGGGUGGUCGAUGAUGAGAUCUGGUCGAGAGUCAUGAAGGAGUGGCUCGGAACAAGCGAUCCUUCAAGAUUCGCUCCGGUGCCGAAACAUCAGGGUGGUGGCCUGCCGUCGUUCAAGACUUUCGGACUCACGGAAGACAGCGACGACGACGACUACGCACCGUAUGGUUCAAAAGACGAUGGAGAUGAAGAGGAGGCGGCGAACGAGAUUUAUGAGCGCAAGCUGGAUGUAGACAACGAGCAGACGGAGCAGGUGGAUGAAAAGCGAAAGAGCCGGAUGGAUUUCUUCCAGGAGUUGAACAAUGCCUGGCUGCCAUAUGUGGAUGAGUACUAUGAGACCUUGACGCCGGAGAUGCGCAGUUUGGACUGGCGAGAGGAGAACUUGUGGCGGCUGCUGCCGCCGCAACGUCGCGAGUGCUACCGCCAGUGGCUUGUGGAGGCGCAUGAAGAAGCACGAGGUGUACUCCCUGAGCUUGCGCAUUUGCUUGAACGGAACGCAGAGAGUCGAGCUGCUCUUGACCGAGAUCGAAAGCUGGCCGUUCUACGUGAAAUGCAGGUCGUGGGCAUGACGACCACUGCAGUGUCCAAGUAUCAACAGCUUCUGAAGGAGCUGCGGCCCGAGGUUGUCAUCGUCGAGGAGGCUGCUGAGGUAUUGGAAGCUCAUAUUCUGACAGCGCUGCAUCCGCGCACACAGCAUGUUGUUCUGAUUGGCGAUCAUCAACAGCUCCGCCCAUCAACAGCUGUGUACCGUCUCUCCAAGAACUUCCACCUGGACGUGUCAUUGUUUGAGCGCUUGAUACACAAUGGAGCAGCCCACGUCACUCUUCUUCAGCAGAGAAGAAUGCAUCCCAAGAUCUCCAGGCUCAUCAAGCCGUUGUAUCCACAACUGCGCGACCACAGCAGCACGGAGAAGUAUCCCGAGAUUCGUGGGGUUGCUGCAAGAUGCUUCUUUAUGUCCCACUUUCACUUGGAGGAUGAUGAGGGGGAGAGUCACUCCAAGCAGAACACCUUCGAGGCGAACUUCGUGAGCGCACUUUGCGCACACCUCGUUACCAGUGGCUAUGAGGAAUCACAGAUUACAGUUCUCUCGCCAUACUUGGGACAGGUGCGACUUCUGAAGCGCAAGAUUCAACGCGAUCCGUCUACACAGGGGAUUGCUGUCACGGCUGUGGACAACUUCCAGGGCGAAGAGAAUGACGUCAUUGUCAUCUCACUCGUGCGGUCAAACAGGGCUCGGCAGAUGGGCUUUCUGGCAGUCGACAACCGAAUCAACGUCGCACUAACCAGAGCGCGACAUGGCAUGUUCAUCGUUGGCAACACAGACAUGUUGGAAAAGCACACCCUGUGGAGCCAGAUUUUGCGCGAGCUGAAGUCGGACGAGUGCUUGGCAGAGACAUUGCCGAUUGUAGACAAGGAGCAGAAGGGGCCUUUUGAAGUGAAGUCGGCUGAUGAAAUCAGCGUCUUCCUGGAGAACAAAGUUCACCAGUCAGGUGGUGAAGGAAUGAUCACGAUCGAUGAGUACAGAAAAUCUCAGGAAGUCAGAAAAAAGAAAGGCCAGCCACGCAGCCGAGGAGAUCAAGCAGACCGAUGGCUCGAACACAAGGAUGCACCUGCGAGAGGCGGUGGGACAAGGAAGAGCUACGCUGGCCAGAACACACGAGAAGUGGAAGCAACCAGACUAAGCGAAGACUUCAAGCCUCCAGCCAGGAUGGAAGCAAGCGAGAUUUACGAUGAAUGCGAGCUGCUACCCGGAAAAGCCGAACAGGAUGACGAUGCUGGAAAGCGGAGCAAGAAGAAAAAGCAGCAGAAGCCGAAGCAGGUUCUCCACGUGCGCGGAUGA